AUGAAAAAAGCUUAUGAUGCUGACGACAAGAACCAGUAUGACACAGCCUCUUGGUACGCUAUUCUUGAAGAAGCCGACCAGUUAGCUUGUUUGCAUGAAAAAUCUGGUCAUUUGUCAUCGUCUACUGCCAAAACGGAGGCAAUAAGAAUAUCCAAAGGUAUUAUUCUCUUCUCUCCUACUUUUCAAAAUUUUCCUUUCCCAUUUCGUGGCUCUUUGAAAUGGUUGACAAGAAAAAAAACUAUUUAAUUUGAUACUCUGGGCAGAUCUGAUUUGUUGCGUUCAGGCUUGAACUUUACAACCAUUAUUUUCGUUGUGGUAUCUCGUGAAAAUAGAACUUUUUUUUUUAAAACGGUGAGAAUAGGUUGGAAUUUCAGUCAGCCCUCAAAAUAAGUUUGAAUUUUACUGUAAACUUGUGUGUUGAUGUAUUGAAGGCUAGUUUUAGAGUUUGAGUCUAGGUUUUAGUGUAAAUUUAGGUUGUAGCAACCGAAGUCACCGCAAAAGAAUAAAUAAUUUUUAUUCAUGCUCACUUGUAAUUUACGAUGGAAUUUUUUAUCUUCAGUAAUAAUUUGUUCUCCCUUUCUUAUACGUUGUACUUUGAUUUUGAUCUAUGCAUUCAGGGCUUCCGAUGACGUAUGAUCAUUUCAUUCGUUGGUUUAUGUUUACACGAAUAGAUUUGGGUUUUUUAUAAAUUGACAAUCGACAGUGAUGUUAUAGGGGACAGAGGCAAGGCUAGGCCAAGGUUUUCUAUUCGCUUCCCUCCUCAGACAGAACCGACCUUACACACUGUUCUGAAAUUUGAAAUGAAGGAAUCAUCCGAGACUGAGUUGGCGCAUUCGGCGCAAGAAAUCCAACAUAAAUUUUCAGCAUCUUCAAUGACUGAACUUUUAGAGAAACUUACGAAAAAAGGCACAGCAUCACCCGAUGGUGCUCACUGGUCAGGGAGAUUGCCUCUUGGGAACGGCGAUGCAAGGUCUUCAUCAUCUACUGUUCUGGACGACUUGGAGAAAAACAAUCCAUUAGCGUGGCCUUCCGAGGUGGUUUGUGUGCUGUCCAUGCUCUAACAGCUUUUCAAAGUUUCUGCAAGCACUGUUCUAAAAUGUAUGGUUUAACUGAAUAGUUUGUGAGGAAAAGCAAAAGAAAGGGGAGAAAGACCCAAAAAAGAACAACCAGAAUUCAUGACACCACUAGAUCCUCCGACAAUGAAGAUGCACGGGAGCAAGUGGGUAGCAUAACAUCGAGUGCAGAUGAGGUAUUGCCAUAGUUACACUAGCUUGCUUUCUGAUUGUCUAUCAGUUUUAGCUAUUCAUGCCUGAAAAAAUCAACUGGUAAACUAGGGCAAUUGUGAGAAUCCGUUGAUCCCUGCGACAAGUGUUAAAGGCCAGACUAUGGCGGGUCUAUUUCAGGAAAUUUUCACCGUUUCUACUGCAGAUGUUGAAGGCCUUCCUCUUUCAACUAGAGCAGCGUGAGAACGUACCCUUGAAUUAAUAACUAUUUAGCUUGUAUUACUUGAUUACUCGAGGGGACAUUUCUAUGAAUAUAGAAAAAGCACCUCAUCUCAUCUUCUGGGUAUCAAUUCUGCAGUACUGGUUAUUAUGGGAGAUUGCAGCAAAUCAUGCAGAGAGACAAGGACAGGCAUAUGAAAUUCGUGAAGCAAUUGCACAGUAGUUAGUAACCUAAUCAAAAUCUCGUUCCCAUAUGUUGUUUUUCUGAGAAAAAUUUAUAACCUCACUUUAUGAAGAUAAAUCUAUCUAGUGUCUAUGACUUUUGUCAUGAUCGUCUGCAUGUGACGUCGUUGCAGAUCAAUCAAGAGGCAUUAAUGUGAAGAUCUUGUCUAGGGUUUUGGACGCAAAAUCAAUUGUCUGUCGCUGUCUAUUUUGUGGAAAAAUCACAGAAUGCAUUGAGGUGAGGGUGAUUAUUGCGGUCUCUUAGUUUUGACUAGCAUUCUUUGCAUCGUAAUAUUCUGACAAGAUUGUGCUUACGAUGGUCUGUCUUCGAAAAUGUUUCUUUACAAAGAAGGUUUGCGGAUUCAACUUUCUAUCUGCAAUGCAGACUUGGUUAGAUGCCCUAUAAUGCUAUGCCCUAAGGGAACUUAGCAGUCGAAAUGUCAAUAAUUUUGAAGAAAAUGGUAACUAAUUAAUGCAUGUUAAGGUUAUAUAUUUUUUCUUCAUGGCAGAGCUCCCAAACCGGAAACAACCGGCAGAUGCCUGAGGAAAUCGGAGAAACAACAGAGAGGAUAAUUAUUUUCAGUUCAAAGAUAUGCGGAAACGUGGAGCUAGAAGUAGGAAAUCUUAUAUGUAUUUACCCACCAUGGUGAGUUCGUAUGUGCUUGCUCCUGAACUUCAUCUCUAAGUGACGUAUUUCUUUGUGAUUGACUUGCAAUUACUUUUCUAUAGACUGGUUAUUUUCAGUAUGCGGUCAUUCCUUGUGAGAAAGUUGCUAAACAUUCUGCAGAUUGCAAGCCAUUAUUUAAGCGUGGUUAGAAAAUGGAAUGUGUGGAAUCUAUUUGGAGAGAAUUUUCCAUAUUAUUUAACUUUUUGUUAAACCUUAGAACGAAAUAAGCUUCUUUUGGAAAAAAAAUCUAAAACCUUUGCGAGAGAAAGAACCAUAACGUAGGAAACACCUAUAACUGAAGAAAUCAUUCAAACUCCAACACGAAAUAUUUUCUACAUGCAAACUGUGAUCUGCAGGCAGAUGCUUUUUCACUUGAGCUUUCGGUUAUCUUAGAGCUUCCCCUCUAGUAUUUGAUCUUACCGUAGUUGAUCUUGUUAUUUGCCUGAAUUGGGUGUUUGGCUAAUAGCGCCCCUAAACUACCCAUUUUUGUGGAUUACAGGAAGGAGGUACAAAUCAGGGAAGAUGACAUCAUUAUUCUGUGUACAUAUUUCUCCCAAAUUGUGCGCUGA